UCUCGCAGUAACCCGGAAGCGGAAGUACCGACGGUACUGUACAGUAAUGGCGGCGCUGGGAUGUAGGAGAUGUGUCUUCACACGGCUGUUUAACAUGGAAGUGUGUUACAGAGUGGCUGGAUUACACUCACUCACUAACACACACAACACCGCGCGCUUCUCCCGGUACCUGAGGAAAACGCGCGCCCUGUCUCGUGCGCUGUUUAGUAACACUGACGGAAGUGACGUAGAGUUGACAGCGCGAGAUUCAUAUACACAACAACAGCUGCAGCAUGGUGGAGCGGUGUUUAACCUCGGCGUGUUGGUGUCUGUCCUGCGGGAGGAGAAUGCAGUGGAUAUCUGUGUGAUCCGAGUCCCAGACCAGCUGAGAUACACUGAUUACUUCAUCAUAGUGAGUGGAUCUUCAACUCGGCACCUGAGAGCCAUGGCACUGUACACCAUUAAAGUGUACAAGUUCCUGAGGAGAGAAACUGCUGCACACACACACAUUGAGGGACAGCACUGUGACGACUGGAUGUGUAUUGAUUUUGGAUCGAUGGUGGUCCACUUCAUGCUCCCAGAGACAAGAGAAAAGUUCCAGUUGGAGACACUGUGGACACUGCGGAGCUACGAACAACUGACCAACAACACACUCCCACACACACUGCCUCCUGACUUCAUACUCACACACACACACACAGACUGACGCGCACACACACACUGAUUGACGCGCACACACACACACACUGCCUCCUGACUUCAUACUCACACACACACUGCCUCCUGACUUCAUACUCACUCACGCACACACACUGACUGACGCACACACACACACACACACUGCCUCCUGACUUCAUACUCACACUCACACUGACACACACUGACUGACGCACACACACACUGCCUACUGACUUCAUACUCACACACACUAACACAGUCUCCAUGAAGUAUUUUUCUUGUGAUUUGAGGUUCAUAGUACACAGUAACAGAACUGUUAGAUGGAAGAGCCCAGUGUGAACACCUGUCUGUGAACACCUGUCUGUGAACACCUGUCUGUGAACACCUGUCUGUGAACACCUGUCUGUGACCACCUGUCUGUGAACACCUGUCUGUGAACACCUGUCUGUGAACACCUGUCCGUAAACAGAAAUAAGCUGUUUAUUUACAUGACAGUGAUGGUAUUAAACAUCUCGACACUGAUCAAUAAAAAUGACUCAGUUCUCCAGA